ACAGCCACGCACAGUGGCUAACGAUGGGGCGCUAUGGAGAGUUAUUGGCCCAGGAGUUUAGGUUUAGUGCUUGGGACGAUUGCCUGUAACUGCAGAAUUGCUGUUUCAAUCCCUGCUCAGGUUGCUCCUCCUUAAAUCCCCAUACAUGUAGAGAGUCAUUCUAAAUGACUGAAGUCUAACUGUAAUGUUUGUUUGUCCAUCUACAGGACCAUAACAGAGCUUAUGAAGCAACCCGGAGGAGAGGUGAGCUCAGUGGAAAGUACAAUCACCAACCCCCCUAUCGGAACCAACGGCAUCUCAGCUAGGAUGCUACGCAGCCGCAGCGAGCACUACCACCUGAACAAUUCAGCCUUCUAUCCAGGAAUGCCUCACCCCCACAGCAACCUCAGUGGACUGGGCCUCAACAAGUACACCUCCCUCAGGGCUGUGGCGGACACCGCCUCUCGGGGCUACUAUAAGAGCUACCCUUUGAUGGACUUCUCCCAGUACCAGGCAGGCCCUUCAGCCUUCCAGCCCAUCUCCCUGCACCCCAAAGACAAGUCCUACCUACACCAAGACCACCACCAGCUCUCCUCCCAGCACAACCUCCACGCCCCCCUCUCCAUCUCCAUCCCCCAGAGCCACCUGGAGAGGUCCUGUUUGCCCAAGACCACCAGCCACCCCCUGUUCUCCAGCUCAGCCUUCAAAGCCUGGGACACCAGUGGACGCCACGUCCAGAGGCAGACCUCCCACCCUGGGCACAUCUCGGCCCACCGGCAUGCCUACUCCACCAGGAGACAGCACAGUGUAGAGAAUUUCCCGGAGCUGUUCAACCACCCUGUGCCGUACAGCCACCCAUCCUCCUACCACCACACUAGGCAUAAGAGCUACUCCACCAACAGCAAGACGGAGGUCACUGUCUGA